AUGGAUUCAGUAACUGCUCAUCGACAAGACUUUGGAGUUAAUGAAAGGGAAUUCUUUGAUCCAAAAUACGACUUCGACUUCCGAGACUUGAGUGAUUCAGAUUCUGAGUGUGAACCCGGUGGUGAGACUUACAAGCGUCCCAUUGGAUGGAACCGCAUUGCCCUGAAGGUUUGGGGUAAAUAUGAGAUGAGUGACUGGCUGGGAAGAGGAAAGAAAGAAUGGAGAAACAAAUCAGUCAAGGGUGAGUGGCCCGUUGCUUACCAUGGAACCAGCAUUGAAGGAGCAAAGGGCAUACUCCAGCAGGGGUUCAAAAUACCGGAAGGUAGUUUUGUAAAUGGGAAAAAAGUGAAAGCAGUGUAUGGAAGAGGGGUUUACUGUCCACCUGACAUCGACGUGGCAGAGAGAGAUGGAUAUGCCAAGACAUUCACAUCAAGGAAGUCUGGAAAGACCUACAAGGUUGCACUCCAGGGCAGGAUCAACCGCGAAUACAGACAGAUCUGUGUGAGAGAAGACUACUGGCUGAUCCCUGUCCCCAAAGGAACGUCUGCUGAGAAAGAAAGGGAUAUCGUAGACAAGGCCCUUCGUCCCUAUGGUAUCUUGUUUAAAAAGAUUAAGGGCUAA